ACAUGACAACAACGGCCCUCACGUGGCACGUCCCGGCCCCAAUGUUCCUCCCGUGGAAGACGGCAGAGUUCCUGCCACCCCUCGCCACGUCCGCCACGAAACACUCGAAACGCAUCACGUUCACCACGGCCACGACCUACUUCUUUGACGUCGACUGCGGGGGAAGCGCCGUGCCAAGCGACGACGGCCCGCCCCUUGGGCUCGCCAAGACACAUACCACACUAGAGUGCCAUGACAUUUACUCCCAAGUCCUCAUCACCAGACCUAGACGCGUGCGGCGGUAUGACCACGUGGAGCGCAUGCUGUUGCUGCAGCAUGCAGGGUAUAGUCGGAAGCAAGUGGCGAUGUGUUGCUUUGAAGGCAUUGCCAUUCGCAAGUCAAGGCUAGCGUCGAACGAAGACGCAAACGUUGAGCCUUGGGAAGUUGUGGUUGAGGAGGCCCCAGUGCUCAAGCGAAGGAAGUUUGUUCGGUAAAAGUCGUAAUUAUGUACUCCAGUACAGUUUUAGUUUUGCUUGUCGUGUAGUAAGACUUUAGCACGAGUUAAUGC